AUGGACAAUAUCCGUCACGGUGGCCCGGAUGCUGUCUGCGAGAAGCUACUCGUUUCACCUACUAGUGGCGUGAUCAUUGUAAAUGCCGCCGCAGAAUCGGAUAUGCAUGUUUUCGUUGCCGCCUUGCUCUUAGCCGAGCCUAAGAGGAAAUACUCCCUCUACCGCGCAGGCGAAGCCUUCGUCUCUACCCGACUCGGAAUCCGCUCCAAAGCACCCAUUUCUACUACAGCCCAGCUCAAAGUGCUUAGAGACUGUCUCGGCGCUUCGGGUCAAUUGGCUGUCAUUGAAAUGGAGGCCGAAGAGUUCAUCGCUUCACCUGAGACUGCCGCGCGCGCUGUUACUAGUAUUGAUAUCCUUGCUAUGAACAGUCGGAAGCCGAUAACAGGCUCGGACGAACUGUCUUCUUUUAAUAUUGGCUCGGCUAUAGCAAAGGCGCUGGUAGGUGUUUUGCAGCGCAUUGAAGUGCGGCCGCGGUAUUAUUGCGAAGGAGUUAUUACUUCCUCAGAUGCUGCUACGAAAGGCUUGAAUAUCAAGCGUGCUCGUUAUAGGUCAAGCCGUGCCUGGUGUGCCAUUGUGGCGGUGCGACGAGCCAACUUCCUGGCGUCGAGUGGUUCCUUUUGUUGUAUUACCAGGUAA